CCAGGGGCGCAGUGGCCGGCUGGCCGGCCAUGGGAGCGCUGCGCCCAGACUGCGGCGGGGGCGGCGCGGGGCGCGCGGAGCUAUGCGCUGGGCCGGCGCGGGCACCCGGGUAGCGGAGCGGGCGGCGACAACGGUGGUGGGGCCGCUGCUCCUGCUCCUGCUAGCGCAACACCUGCCUUCCGCCGGCGGCUACGGUAGGAGCGAAGCCAGGCUGGUGUCUGAACAUUUCUCACAGGCCCCACAGAAGUUGUCGUUCUACAGCUGGUAUGGCAACGCCAGACUCUUCCACUUCCGGGUGCCCCCAGACACUGUGCUGUUGCGCUGGCUGUUGCAUGUUUCCUGGGACCGUGACUCCACAUGCACUGAUGCAGAAAUCACUGUGCAUUUCCGCUAUGGCGCUCCUCCUGUCAUCAAUCCACUGGGCACCAGCUUUCCUGAUGACACCAUGGUGCAGCCUUCCUUCCAUGUCAGGGCACUGCUAAGUACCAUGCUGCUGGGCAACACUACUGUCAAUAUGUCCCACCCAGCCCCUGGGGACUGGUUUGUAGUCGCCCACCUGCCCCCCUCUUCUCAGAAGAUCGAGGUGAAGGGCUUUCCCUCCUGUGUUUACUCCUUCCAGCCUGACAUGCUGGUUACACGGGUGGUCGAGGUCACCAUCCUGGAGCCUGAUGUGCCCCUUCCACAGAUCCUAGUUGCCCACCCCAGCUAUCUCAAGAUCUUUGUCCCUGAGUACACCCAGGAGCUUCGGCUGGAGAUACAGGGCUGUGUAUCCAACAUGAGCCUAGGAUGCCCAGUACGUCUCACAGUGGGUGUGGCCACGCUGCCCAGCAACUUCCAGAAGGUGCUGACUUGCACUGGCUCCAUCCUGUCCUGUCGUCUGCUGCUGCCCUCACCACCCUGGGGCCAAUGGCUACAAGUGAUAGCUGAGAGCCUGGAAGGGCCCCACGUGUCAGUGGCCUUCAGUGCUGAGGCUGCCCUCACAGUCUGCAGGCCAUGGAGCAUGACCUUCCAGCACCUUGUUCAAAACAGCACAAACCAGAGCUAUGAUGCCUCUGCAAACCAGCUGUCCCAGAGCUCUGCCCCCCAGGACCUGAGCAGGAAUGGUGGGAUGGGUGGUGGCCCCUUCUGCCUGCUAAGCUACUCAGUCAUGAGGGAAGAUAUAGAUGUGCUCUCCGUGCGCUUCCAGCCCUUGGAUGGAGUCUUAGUGCUAGUGCACUCAGACAAACCCUCUGUGAUGCGGCUCCGCCUCGACACAGGCAUGGACAGUGGGGGCUCCCUCACUAUCACCCUGAAGUCCAACAAGACUGAGGUCACAAAUGACAUCUUGGUAUUGGCCUGUGUGAAUGCUGCUUCACCCUUCCUCAACUUCAGUGCUUCACUGAACUGUACUACAGCCUUUUUCCAGGGCUACCCUCUGUCUGUGAAUGCCUCAUCUAACACAGCCAACCUCAUCAUCCCUUACCCAGAGACAGACAACUGGUACCUUUCCCUGCAGCUUGCCUGCCCUGAGAAUCCUGAGGACUGUGAUCAGGCCAUGGUUCACGUGCAGACUACUAUAUAUCUGGCCCCUUGUUUUAAUGACUGUGGACUCUAUGGCCAGUGCCACCUCCUCCGCAGAUAUGGGUACCUGUAUGCUGGUUGCAGCUGCAAAGCAGGCUGGCGUGGAUGGAGCUGCACUGACAACAGUACAGCCCAGACAGUGGCCCAGCAAAGGGUGGCUACGCUCCUGCUUACCCUCAGCAACCUCAUGUUCCUGGCUCCCAUCGCUGUGUGUGUGCACCGUGCCUUCCUGGUAGAGGCCUCUGUCUACCUCUAUACCAUGUUCAUCUCCACGUUCUACCAUGCUUGUGACCAGCCGGGAGAAGCUGUGCUGUGCAUCCUCAGCUAUGAUACGCUCCAGUACUGUGACUUUCUGGGUUCUGGGGUAUCUACCUGGGUUACCAUCCUCUCCAUGGCCCGACUGAAGACAGUUCUGAAACAUGUCUUGUUUCUCCUGGGUACGCUGGUUCUGGCCAUGUCCUUGCACCUGAAUCGUAUAGGCAUCUGGAACAUAAUGGGGCCCUGCCUCUUUGCCUUUGUGAUCAUGACUUCCAUGUGGGUGUACCGCUGCAGGCACCGGCACCAGUGUUAUCCCACCUCGUGGCAACGCUGGGCCUUCUAUCUCCUGCCUGGCAUCGCCAUGGCUUCUAUGGGCAUCACCAUCUAUGUGUUCCUGACAACCAACGACAACUAUUACUACACACACAGUAUCUGGCAUGUACUCCUGGCUGGGAGUGUAGCCUUCCUGUUACCACCACGGGAUAAGCAGGCUGAACCCUGGUCUUGCUCACAGAAGUUGCCCUGCCACUAUCAGAUCUGCAAGAAUGAUCGUGAUGAACUAUACACUGUGACAUGAUUCAGCCAGCUCUGGGACACCUGAUACCGAUAACCUCUUCAUCCAGGAAUAGGACCAAGGAAGAGAAACCCUGUCCAGCCCUGCCUAGAUUGGUUUCCAACUGAAUAAAAUUGCCCUGAGACCCUU